GGAGAAAGCGUGAAGAAUUGCUAAGACAAGAAUAUCUGAAGAUGCUUUCGAGACCUGGACUACAGAGCUAUGCAGUCCAAUUGGUCAAAGGAAAAGCCUUUCUUUUUUUGCUGCUCAGUUUUCUUGCAGCAAGAGGGCAGUCGGCAGCGGUCUCGAGGACAAGACGUGGUCUUCCCCUGAAUACCUCCUUUCAGAUUUCCAUCCAAUUGUCUCAAACACCAUGGUCUGAAGAUUUCUCCAAUAACAAGAGUACCCAGUAUAUUUCUUUAGCAACGACCUUAGAGACAACCGUUCUUAAUGUCAUUAAAAUGGUCGGGAAUGGAACGGUAAAAGUCCUAGAAUUCAAACCAGGAAGUGUUAUUGCUGUAAUCAAAGUAACUGCGUCGAAUUCAGAUGAAACAGCUAUGAAGACUAAACUUGAGUCAGAGAUGAAAGACGGACAACUCGGAAGAUAUUCUGUCGAUCCUAUUCUUUAUUUAGGAAGUGUUUUUGAUGUUAUUCUAAAAAUAAGAUCUCCUUGCAAUAAUUCUUUACCAGAUAAAGGGUUUCUUCAAAAAGAUGAACUUGUCCAAACUGUGAGCAGUGAGAUGUCUGGUAAUGCUGACUUCCUCAAUGCUAGCAUCUAUGGCAUCGAGUGCUCUCAAGCAGACAACAUCACAUUGGUGACAACACGAGUUCAGAUAAAGAAUUCGUGGGCAACCAAUCCAUUUAAGGAAUUGAGUGGUUUGAAGAGUCAAGUUGACGCUGGCAAGCUUGGUAGCUUUUCUGUAGUUCCUGAAUGGAAAUCUUACAUCCCUGGAGAAAAAGUAUUCUAUGUACGUGUUACGCUACUGACUGCCUCUACCAAUACUACGCAAACCAAACAACAACUCAAGCAGUUUGUAGAAAACGACUUCAAAGAUGACAGUAACUUUAGGUAUGUCCAGGUUAUCAUGCCGGAUAGCAAUCAUGCCGUUAUGGAGAUUGGAAUGCGUUCUUCGACGUCACCGAUUCUUUACAAAGCACUCUCUCCUAUUAGAAGCGAUCUUUCUGGAGCAAAUCUUGGAGGUGUCAAAGUCAAUAAAAAGCAGAACAGAGUCACCAUUGACAUGAAAUCUUUAACGCGAAAAAUAUUCGAAGUAAGCUUCAUCAAGUAUGUUCCAAGCUGUGUUUCAGCAGAUCUUUCGGAUACCAACAGUUCGCAUUACAAAGAACUCGGCCAAAAAUUUACCCAGUUUAUAGAAACCAAUAUGAAAGCUCAUGCGCUCAACAGCAAGUUUUACUUGAGUAAUAAGGUGAUAAAACUGCAAUGUAUAAAUUCUACAUCAGUCAAAGGCUAUAGUUACGUGUACAUGAAACCCAGCACUGAAGAUAAGAUAGCAAAUUUAAACGGGGCUUUGUACAAGUGUAGCACAGAGCGCGGUAUUUACGACAAUGGAUUGAAAAUAUCUCUUAGAACUCCAACAUCGCCAGAGGCAAAGGGAACGUGGUCUUGGUCCCUAGACGGCGUGUCGUUAACUCGUGGCUCUUGUUUAAGGCCAAAGCCGACCAACCCGACUAAUGGACCUGCACCAACUACCGGAAGUACGACCACAGGCAAACCAAGUACUGCCCAUACAUCAGGUAAACCAAGUACUACCCAAACUGCUGGUAAGCAAACUACAGCCCAAACCACGAGCAAGCCAUCAACCACACCUUACUACCCUAGCACUAAGCCUCAAGAUUCCACAACCACUAAAGCCUCUGUUAAGUCAGAAUCCACAGUCCCACCAACCACCGAAAUCACACUUCCCACGUUACCCUCAGAAAUAGUGUUAUACGCCAAGGUGAAGCUCGAAAUGACAUGGGAAGAAUUCUGCUCAAAGCAGGAUUCUUUCAAGGAGAUCAUUGCGUGGACCGUGCGCGAUAAAAACGACUCCAGGAUCUCUUCCGACAGAAUAAUUUAUGUCAAUAUGGAGCGAAACUGUGCGGACCCAAGAAAAAGGGAAACACAAGCCGAGGUGUGGUUGUACGUGUCUGAGCUGGACUCCACAAAAAUUAACGAAUAUCUCACUUUCAAGCUUUACAGCCUUUUUAAAAUGUUCUUUGACAACGGAAACACCAAACAGCUGGGAUCGGAGUUUGAAGAAAAGGUUUUGCAUGUAGAAUUAGGUGGAAGUCAUGCCGCUCAAUACGAAAAGGAUUCAGAUUGUAAAUGGCCGUUGUGGCUGCUAAUACUUCUAGCCGUGGCUGGAGCCAUAGGAUUGUUUCUUAUGAUACUGGCAUGUUGUUGUCUAUUUUGCUGCGGGGGAAGACGGCUUAGGAGAAGGCGGAAGUAUGAUUCGGAACAGCCUCAAGCACUUGUGGUUGUCCAUGUUGAUGGCAAUGGAUCUGCGCGCUAUGAACAGAAAAAUGGCAAGCACAACAACUCUGAAGUCAGCACUACGAAUAAGCAAAGUGGUGAUGAAAGAAACCUUAAGGGUGUUAGCGAAAAAGAGGGAUAUUACAACGAUGGGUUCGAUUCUGAUGCAAAAAACAAGAAUCACGAUGGGAAUGACAACCGCUCCAAUAAUGAAGGAGAGGAAGGCAAGUCACCUCAAAACAUAACCAAAAGACUCAGUGAUGGCUCUGAAAAUACUUACCAAUCCUUGGACAAGGCUGAUGAUCUCGGAGAUUACACUUACCAAGCGAUUGACAAGUCCGGGAGAACAACCACAGGCCAAAGUGAUGACGACAAAAACAACAAUCCACGCGCAACAUUGGCUCAUUCGUCCGCUGACGGUAUCCAAAUCCUAAAAAGUGGUGAUAAUGGUUCUUCGAAUAUCAAUUCUCGGCAAGCUGGUUUCAACGCAUCACAUGGGGCUGAAGUGAUUCAUUUCCCUUCCACAGGGAGCGAGAAGGUCACAGCGAAAACUGAUGAUGGAAAGAGUAGAAGUGAUGGCUCCCCAGAUCUCAGUUCUCGGCGAGUUGGUAACAACGUAACACAUGUGGCUACAGUGAUGGCCACUCCUUCCACCGGAGGUGAUAGGGUCACACCGAGAGUUAGCGAUGGAAUGGGAAAAAGUGAUGGUUCUUCAGAUCUCAUUUCACAGCGAUCUGGUAGCUACAUGUAUGCUGCGCAUGUUACUACAGUUACUACAACUUCCACCGGAAGUGAUAAGGUCACAGCGAGUGGCAGUGAUGGAAAGGGUGAAAGUUAUGAUUCUUCAGAUCUCAAUUCUCGGCGAGCUGGUAGCUACAUGUACGCAGCGCAUGUUACUUCAGUUACUACUUCUUACAGCGGAGCAGAUAAAGUCUCAGGAAGCGGUGGUGAUGGAUCGAACAAAAGUGGUGGUUAUUCAGAUAUCAAUUCCUCUCGCGUUGGUUACAAGAAGGACACGAUAAAAACCAGUGCUCCCGGAUCAGGCGGAGGGAGCAAGGGGACCGGAGCGAGUGCAGAUGAUAACAAGAAUAAGACUGCCGAUGGUUCAAAGCCAGAUGUCAUUUCUUCCCGGGCUGGUAAAAACGGAGAGAGUCAAGAGGGUCUUAAUGGAUCCAAGGAAAGUCCGACUUUGUUUCUUAAAACAGACACCAGUCCAAAAGACGGUGGAAGGAGGGGUUCGCGUGUCCGCGCAUCUAUCGAUGAAGACGUACCGCUGACUCAUAAAACGGGAACCGUCGGCAUUGUGGCUCUGGCGAUCAGGAACAAGAAUGAGACGAAGAAGGAGAGAGAAUUUAAGAACCUGGACAAAGACGUUCCUAAGGAAGACGUGAAGUAUCCCCCAGAUACUGCCAAAAAAAACAGAUCGCCAGAGGUCCUGCCAGCACCAAGAACUCGUGUCAAGUUAUCAACUUCACCAGACUAUAUCAACGCUAACUGGAUCAGGGACCAUAAAGGGCAAGUCUGCUACAUUGCUACCCAGCAUCCCAUGACAGAAACUGUCAGGGAUUUUUGGCAAAUGGUCUGGGACCAAAGAGUUCAAACGGUUGUUAUGGUAAACGACGAAGAAAAAGAGAAAACGGCUGAAUUUGUGGAUUACCUUCCGAAAGGAGAAGGGAUCUCUAAGCAGUUUGGCGGUUUCAACGUUACAGUAAAACAGAUAAAUGAAAAACCGGAUUUUGUCGAGACUGUUUUGAGCAUUGCCGAUGGCAAGAAUGUUGCCUCUUCACGCGAGGUUACACACUUGAAAUUCACUUCGUGGAAAGAACGCGCUAUGCCUAAUGUGGCUCUGUUUGUUGGGUUCGUGACUGCCACGCAGGAAGCGAGGAAGAAAUAUGGCGACACCAAGGCUCCAACCCUUGUACACUGCAGUGAUGGCCUGGGCUUCACUGGUGUGUAUAUUGCUGUGGAUAUCGGCGUUAAAAGUCACGAAGAAAGUAAAACAUCAGUUGUUGAUGUGUUUGAGUUGUCCAAGAACCUCAGACGGGAUCGCCAUGGCAUUGUUUGUACCUUGGAGCACUAUAACUUCAUUUACCAGGCUCUCUACGAGUACACUGUGAACUACGACAAGUCAGCUGAGUAAGGCUUUGGAUCUGAACUGUUGGGUUGGAAAAGAACUGAAAACUAAUAGUUUCAUCCUCCAAACUGACGUAACAGUUCAAUUUAAAGACACGGCACAAAUAUAUAAGAAAGAUACAGUAGCAUUCAAUUCAUAGAGAAACAUUUCCGUAAGUUUUUCAAGUUUGAUUGACCAAUCGCCUAAAUUGCACAUGAGUCCAUUUUGUCUUUAAAACUUCAUGAAAAACCAUGAAAAUGUUUUUAAAAUUACGCAUGACAUGAUGACCAGGUAGUGUCUGCACAUUAUUAUUUUUUUUUCUUUUUGAUGCAUACAGUAUUUUUAUCAUUUAGUUUUCUCCGCUAUUCUGCUAUUUGGCAUCAGCAUGUGUGUAGAGAAUGGGUCGUUUCUAAAUAAUCCUCUCGCUGCAUUAUACAAACCUGCGCGGUUAGACCAGGUUCUCAAUAGUAGUUCUUAGAGUCAUGCUGAUUGAAAUCACUAUUCUUCGAGGCAGAAAGAUUGUAAAGUACUAUGCCGUGAAACUGCUCGCUUUGUAUAUCUGCAUGACAUAAUUAAGACAAGAUUUUUGAUGCUUGUAAAUAGUAAACUUUUUUCAUUAAAACUAUUUCGAUAAUGGA